ACCGACACGUCAGCGGGCCCACGCAGGCCCACUCAGGCAGCGAGCAGCAGCAGCGGCGGCUGACAGAUUGCGCGACCAGAGUAGCGGUUUGUUGAUGGUCGAGGUCGCUGAACUUUGCCUCGCUGGACGGUGUGUGCUGAAUCUCCCUCUGGAAAGCCAUUUGCAUGUCCCGCGGCGUGUCGCCCCGCCGCAUUGUCCCGCAGGAGCUUUUCUUUUCUUUUCUUUUUCUUUUCCUGGAAGGAAUUGUCAAGUCAGACCAAGGUGAGAGGGGCUUGUGUUUGUGCCACUGCAGUUGCACAAUGCUCGCUGCUCUGCAUGCGCUCUGAGCUGAGGCGACGUGUUAAGAAAAGCUGCUGGUGGUCACUGCAGGGUAACAUCAUGACAGGGGACGCAGUGGUUUUGAGGGGCCUGAGCUGGAUAAAACAGGCAGCUAACAGAGGCAGCCUGAGCAGCCCCAACAACCACAGGCUGGUAAGCAUCCAGCCCGCCAUCGGAUCGCCAAGGACUUUCAACAAGCAGAUGGACUGCGGCGUCCUCAGAGCCUCGCCAGCUCAGUUCCUCAGAUACUCCACCGUGGGGUCGUACCUCGGCUCCUGCUUGGCCGGAGGGGCAAGCAACGCUCACGGGGCGUGCGGCGGAGGAAGACCCGGUGCUGGACACGCGAGGUACCGCAGGAACUGGUCGGGUCAGCUGUACUCUGGACACACGCGGCUCUUUAACCAGGACAACUCCACAGUGGGGCGGCUGACGGCGGAGGACAUCGAAAAAGCAAGAAGCGCCAAGAAAACCGAAGCAAAGCAGUAUCAACAAGCGCUGAGUGAAAAUGCUCGGGAGAGGAAAGUGCCGGUCACAAGGAUAGGAAGGCUGGUCAAUUUUGGAAGUCUGGCGGUCGGACUCGGCAUCGGAGCGAUCGCGGACAUGGCUAAGAAGAGUCUGAAGCUGAAACAACCAGGGAACAAAAAGGCCGUCCUGGACUCGAAUCCCUUCCUCUCUGAGGCGAACGCUGAAAGAAUCGUUCGGACACUUUGCAAAGUUCGAGGAGCGGCUUUGAAAAUGGGCCAAAUGCUCAGCAUUCAAGACGACGCCUUUAUCAACCCUCAGCUGGCUAAGAUCUUCGAGCGGGUCCGGCAGAGCGCAGACUUCAUGCCCACUAAACAGAUGAUGAAAAUCAUCACUAGCGAUCUGGGCCCGAACUGGAGGGACAGCCUGGAGUACUUCGAAGAGAAGCCGUUUGCGGCCGCCUCCAUCGGUCAGGUUCACUUCGGGAGGCUGAAGGACGGCAGAGAGGUGGCCAUGAAGAUUCAGUACCCGGGAAUCGCCAAGAGCAUAAAGAGCGACGUGAAUAACAUCAUGACUGCACUGAGUUUAAGCAACGCUCUGCCUGAAGGUUUGUUUCCAGAACAUCUUAUUGAGGUCAUGAGUCGUGAGCUAGCUUGGGAGUGUGACUACAUAAGGGAGGCAAACUGUGCCAGAAAGUUUCAGCAGCUGCUGAAGGAUCACCCGUUUUUCUACGUGCCCGAUGUGAUUGACGAGCUCAGCAGGGAGCGGGUCCUCACCACAACGCUGGUGUCCGGUUUCCCCCUGGACAAGGCCACGGACCUUCCUCAGGAGCUCAGGAAUGAGAUCUGUGAGCAGAUCCUGAUUUUAUGCCUCAGGGAGCUGUUUGAAUUCAGAUUCAUGCAGACCGAUCCAAACUGGUCCAACUUCUUCUACAGCCCACAGAUCCAUAAGGUCGCGCUGUUGGACUUUGGAGCUACAAGAGGAUUUGACAAGAAAUUCACAGACAGCUACAUCGAGAUCAUUAAGGCAGCGGCGGAUCAGAACCGAGAAGGCGUCCUGCUCCAAUCCAGAGACAUGAAGUUCCUCACAGGAUACGAGACAAAGUCGAUGGAGAACGCCCACGUGGACGCCGUGAUGAUCCUCGGCGAGGCCUUCAACUCCCAGGAGCCGUUCGACUUCGGCGAGCAGAGCACCACGGAGCGCAUCCACAGGCUCAUCCCCGUGAUGCUGCGGGAGCGCCUGACGCCGCCGCCGGAGGAGACCUACUCCCUCCACAGGAAGAUGGGCGGCUCCUUCCUCAUCUGCUCCAAGCUGAAAGCCAGAAUCUCCUGCAAGAACAUGUUCCAGGAGGCGUACAGGAACUACUGGAAGGAUCGACGCCCCGACUCUGAACAGUGAAGACUUGUGUUACGUUGGGAUUAUCUUGAAUUAUUAUUUUUUUUGUAUCAUGUUGGAACAAUUGACAUGACGUCAGCUCUGCCCCCAUGCUGAGGUAGAGCAAUCCUCCCCCAAUCAUUCCAGGGCACUUGUCAGCAACUGACCAAUCAGCGUUCCAAGUACAGUACUCCGACAAUAUUGACACCAUCUAUCAUAGAAAAUACGCUGCAGUCAGAGAGAUUUUGAGGAAAAUAAUAAUCACUGUCCAAGUUGUCAGUGGGUGCAAUAUGCAAUCCCGACGGCCAUCACCCAGAACAUACAGAGGGCGGAAUACAAUUUAUUACAUUUCCAAAAUCAAAAAGGAGUCUGGAAUAACGCAAGCAAUGGAUCAUGAACUGCAGAACCACCUCACGUCCAGCUGAAUGAAACUGAUGAACGGGAACUAUCACGUUAGUCAGCACCACGAAGGUAACUGGUAGUAAACAUCCCAGUUUUUGUCAUAACGAUACUUACUGAUAGCUCUGUGCUAUCGAUUCAGGGCUCCUAACGGCUCAGGCUCCGUGCUAAGACUUACCAGUUGUGUCCGAAUUCAGGGUCUACAUCCUAUGUAGGAUGGAUCCUACAUAGGAUGUAUGUUUUUAUAUAUAUAUAUAACAUAUAUCCUAUGCGGUCUGUUUAUUCACAGACCGCGAAUAAACGUGGACCGGAAGGGAAAAGCUGUGAAUUCGGACAGGUUUAGCCUUCCCCAACUGUCCCCGCCCCCACCUCAGCGUAACUCAUGUUGCCUAGCAACCGUGACAGCGUGAAGUUUUUCGGUCAUGUAUUACUAAUUUCUAUAUUAUUCUUCACCUUUUAUAGUAAAGGGUGUUGCAUAGUAAAAAAGGAAAUCUGUUAGUUUGAUUCUAAAAUGUUCAAACGUGUAUUGCACUUUUCUACAAGGAAUACAUAUAAGCAAAUUAUUCAUUUACAAAUAUAAUACUCUCCAGAUCUCAGAUAAGACAUUACGGUUAAAUAAACCUAUUAUGUUUGAAGGCUUAACUUUUAAUCAAUCAAACCGAUUUGCUCUGCUUUGAAAUACGUUAGCAAACUAAACAUUUUUCUACCAGAUAUUACCAGUGAAUAAUAUCGGUGUUUAACUUCCACUCAUUGGGGAAAGCUAGCGGGAGUUUUUAUAACAAUGUGCCGGGAGUCGGGCGUUCUCCCCCGGUAUACCGAACCUGGAGCGCCCGGCCAGCUAACAGAGCUAGCAGCUAACGCAGCGGGAGCAGACAUGUCCGAAAAUGUCCGAGCAAUAUUGCAAUUAGGUGACGUAUUGAUGAACCGAGCAGAUACUUGAGACUUACACACUUAUAUUCUCGCCUAAAAACGUUGUACCAAAUCACGUUGUCAUUUAAAGUGUAAUAUAGCAAAAAAUAAUUUGUCGCUCUUCACCGCCAUUGACGCUCUGCCUGAACGCCCGGUUGGGACCCGCAGUGAAUUAUGGGAUAUGGUGGGCCGUGAAGGUUACACCGGACCCAUCCUUCAAAUUUGGGGAAAAGGAGGACUCAUUUGAAGUAGUCUUGGAAUUCGGACGGGAACUUGUCGCCACGCUAUGACGUAACCGGUUUAUAAGGCAAAAAUGAUUCAAAAAAUGUCUAGGGCAACACAUUGAGGUCCGUUAGUCUGCCUUAAUAACUGUGUGGUUGUCGGAGGACUGCUCUACUUCCGCAUGGGGGCGGAGCCGGCGUCAUGUCAAUUGGGGGAGGUUCCUUUUUAUUCUUUUACAACUGUUACAUGGUGGGGGAAAAAACAGAGCAAAAUGUAUUCCAAUAGCAGCUAUGGUUGUCUUAAUCGAGUGUUUGUUUUGAUAACACCAUCUUUAAUCUCCAUAAGGAUCGAAUAGUUUGUACAUAUCCUUUAAGCCAAUCUGUUGUUUGUACUGUAUAACCUCCCUAUUGUGUGUGGUGAGGGACUACACUCCACCUGACCUGAACCGUUGGAAAAUAAACUAAUCAUGAUGAUGCUAAAGCAAGACACAAACCCCCCCCCAGAGUAUACCAAAAAAAUAUGCACGGCGACACCUGAUCGGUUAAAAUCUUUAGCCAUUUAUUGUGGCAAACCCAGCGUUUGAAUUUUUCUGCUUUAGCUGAAGAAAAGCAGCAGAGAUGUGUAAAUCUCAAACAAAUCUUUAUGUAAAUUAAACAAACAAAAAAACUCUUCUUAGCCCCAAAGUAAGAAUAAAAAGUUGAUUUCUGCGGUGCCUUAUUGUUGAGUGAGUGGAACUCACUGCUAUGUUUUUGUUUUUUUUAAUCCUGAGGGUUUUCUCAGCUGCUCCCUCCUCAAAGUGGGUUUGUUUACGGCCGCCAUGAUGGUGGAAAUAAUCUCGUUCUUUAACAUAAACGCUCCUGAACAGUUGGUGAAUAACGCUUUGUUUCCCCUCUGCCUUCCUCUUUCUGAGCCCUGCCUCUGACUCACUUGCAGAACAAAAAAAAAAAGGAAGUGCUACUUCUGUCUGAAUGUCGUUUUAACAUCUCAGAUGUUUCAUUAACCCUUCUGAGUCCAGCAGACAUGUUCAGCUCUUUGUCACAUUCCUGCUUUUUUUCCUGACAAGUUUUGCCACGAACACAGCCGUUACCUCCCACAAGAUCUCAGUGAAAAGCGUGAAUACUUUUGUAAAUUUUUUAAUUUUCAAUAAAUACGGAAAAUGUU